UGUUUUUUUAAUAAUCGAAUUGAUUUGCAGCUCCGCCCCACUGGGGAGAGAGAGAGGGGGCGCUGCUUCUUCCGCCACUAUUUUCCGCUAGGUUUCGUCUUUUCAAGUUGAAGAACCAAUCUCAAUCAUCUGAGUUUAUAUUGUAGGAAAUCUCUGAACUUUAUUUGGGAUUUGAAUUGAUUAAUGGAUUUGAGGUGGCUUAGCGCCAUAUUAGUUGGGGCAGGCUGCCUUGCUUUGGGUUAUUGCAUUGGUUCGCACCGUCCUGCUUUCAUCUUUCUCAGAACCAAAGUAGCUAAAGAUGACACUCUCUUUGGUAAUGGUAACAAGAAAAAUAAGUCCAAAGAACCCCUUGAAAUUGAGAAGCUUGCUGAUAUUCUCGACGAUUUCAAAAUGAUUUUGGUUGUCAGAAAUGAUCUUAAGAUGGGAAAAGGAAAAAUAGCAGCCCAAUGCAGUCAUGCAACUUUGGGCCUAUAUAAGAAGCUCCUCCAUCGGGCACCAAAAGCAUUAAAUAGGUGGGAGAUGUGUGCACAGCCAAAGGUAGUCGUGAAAAUUGAAAGCGAGGAGGAUAUGCUUGUUUUGCAAGAGAGAGCAAAAUCACUUAAAUUGCCAACUCAUAUAACCAUUGAUGCAGGAAGGACGCAGAUUGCACCAAAUUCAAGAACAGUGAUGGCUAUUCUUGGACCGGUUGAGGUGGUUGAUGACGUGACAGGUGGACUGAAGCUGUUGUAGGGGCUUCUCCAUUAAACGUGAAUAACCUUUAACCCAAGAAUAUGUUGAGUUUUCCAGUCUAUGCAAAGCCUUAGCCAUCAAUUUUUUCAAUCAUUCUAUUGAAUUUGCAACUAUUGUUUCUGAUGAUGGCGAAAAUUCUGUAAGGGCCCCUUCAUGAUGUAGCCCAUGAGUGGUUUUCCUUCUAUUAGAACACUCGAGGCACAUUUUUAUUUCUAUAUGAUGAACAAAGACCAUGAAUGUUUUCUUUAA